UUUCAUCAGUCUCUUUCAUCCGUUGUUUGUUUAUAGGUUACUCUGCAACCCCAAUAUUCUUCUUAGAAUUUUCUGCUUUUUUCUCUUUACAACUCUCUAAACGGCACCCUUCUUUUCAUAAAACGACACCCCUCCACUCCCUUCUCCUCCUUCUCAAUCCAUGUUAUUAGCAUUCUCUCUCACUUUAACUCCUCCGCGUCCUUCAUCUUCUUCUGUUUAUCGACCUUUCAGUUGUACCCGUUGACUUUAUUAUUGUUUGGUCUGUUUUUGUAAAAGCUAAAGAAAGAAAAUGGAACAAGGAGUUAUUGAUGAUAUAAUCAAUCGGUUAUUAGAGGUUCGGGGCCGACCCGGAAAGCAGGUCCAGUUAUCGGAGUCCGAGAUCCGCCAACUUUGUGUUCUGUCUAGAGAUAUUUUUCUGAAACAGCCUAAUUUGUUAGAACUUGAAGCUCCCAUCAAGAUUUGUGGUGACAUCCAUGGUCAAUAUUCUGAUCUCUUAAGGCUUUUUGAGUAUGGUGGUUUGCCGCCACGAGCCAAUUACUUAUUUUUGGGCGAUUAUGUGGACCGUGGCAAGCAAAGUCUGGAGACAAUAUGUCUUCUUCUUGCAUAUAAAAUAAAAUAUCCUGAAAAUUUUUUCCUGUUGAGAGGGAACCAUGAAUGUGCGUCUAUAAACCGCAUCUAUGGUUUUUAUGAUGAGUGUAAGAGAAGAUUCAAUGUUAGGUUAUGGAAGACAUUUACAGACUGUUUCAACUGUCUACCAGUGGCUGCUUUAAUUGAUGAGAAGAUUCUCUGCAUGCAUGGGGGCCUUUCUCCAGACCUACAUAAUUUGUAUCAAAUUAGAAGUAUAGCACGUCCAACUGAUGUACCGGAUACAGGUUUGCUUUGCGAUCUUCUCUGGUCAGAUCCCAGCAAAGAUAUUCAAGGUUGGGGAAUGAAUGAUAGAGGAGUUUCAUAUACUUUUGGUCCUGACAAAGUGACGGAGUUUCUUCAGAAGCAUGAUCUUGAUCUCAUUUGUCGUGCUCACCAGGUCGUGGAGGAUGGAUAUGAGUUCUUUGCCAGUCGACAACUUGUAACCAUAUUUUCAGCUCCUAAUUAUUGUGGAGAGUUUGACAAUGCUGGUGCCAUGAUGAGUGUUGAUGAUACAUUGAUGUGCUCUUUCCAAAUACUAAAACCUUCAGAUAAAAGGUCAAAGUUUGGUUUUGGAAGCACUACAGCAAAGCUUGGAAACCCUUCAGCAGGUGGUUUUGGGAGCACAACUACUACUAAGCCGGGAAAUACACCAGCAGGAGUCAAGGCCUUCCUUGGUACCAAGGUAUGACAGAUUGGUUCGCUGGAUAAUUCGAUCAGAUAAAGGACAUGCCAGGACCACCAUUAAAGUAAUAUUCAGGCCUUUUUUAGUUAACUAUAGUGUUCUGAAUUGUAAAAGUUUCGGGUGGGGGAAAAAGUAAUUAGUAACUAAUGCAAAAAAAUUAUCUCUUCAUAUAAAGUUGGGUUUGAAGGUAGAAGGUUAUCAAUUCCUUGUCUUCGCCAUGUACACUAAAGUGUGUUCAACCUAAUAUUCCUCAGGUCUCAACUCCCGGGCAACAAAAUGGAUAUGGUUAAACUUUUAAUGCUUCAUUCAUAAAAACCCUUGUCUAUUUUGAGU